GAUUUCAAAAAUAGUUUGCAACCUGAGGUAUAUUUACAUAAUUGCACUAGGACUAUAAUAUUAUAUAACAGGAAGGAGAAUUAGGUGGAACUAAAAUCACUAUAAUAAUGAUUAAAAACUGGUUAUCUUUGAUAAUCCUAAGGAUCCAAAAUUUCAUUCAUGUCAAGAUAUAUAACAGUAAAGAAUACUUAUUCAGAUUUUAAGAAGAAAUAUGACAUAACUGCUCAAGGCUGCUUCAAUAGUUACAACAUAUUACGGUAGUGGGAAGGUGUCACAAAAAUUCAAUCAUCAUGGCAUCGGCAUCACAAGCACCAAAAAUGUGUGAAUUGUGUGAUGAAAACAAAAUUCAAUGGAAGUGUUUAAAAUGUAACUCUUAUCUGUGUACCAAAUGUUGUAAAAUUCAUCAGAAAUUAAUAUCGUCAGCCGAACACAAGAUCAUUGCUAUCGAGGAUAUCGGAAAAGCUAAGAUAAAAGAUCUGGAAAUCGAAAAAGAUCUUUCGAAUAUAAUGUGCAAAGAACAUCCAGAAAAUACCUGCCAACGAUUCUGUAAAACAUGUGAAACCGUCGUAUGUAAAAAGUGCAUUAAGAAAAAUCACAAAGCCAAACAUGAGGUGGUUGAUAUAAAAGAGGGUUACUUUCAUAGCAUAGGAAAAAUAACGAAAACAAAUUAUAAACUUGAUAUAGAGGUCUUAAAUCUUGCAACAGGUAUGUCAACUCUUGAAGUUCUUACAUCUGACGAAAAUGAAAAAUUUCAAGCAGAGAAACAGAAGAUACUUCAGAGAGAUCAAGAUCUUAAAGAUCUUAUUGAUAAGCAUACUAAAAAGCUCUUAUGUGAUCUAGACCUAAGAUGGAAUAUUUUCUUUUCGUCAAUCAAAGACGAAGUAGAUCAUGGAAAAAGGGAAACUCAAAAUCUAGAAAUCAAAAACACAGAAUACAACAAAGUCUUAAAAUCCCUUGAUGCAAAAGACAUAUUCUUAACAGCUGAGUACAUAAAGAAAUCACCAAACACUAAAAUAAGACCUAUCAACACAUCCUACACUCAUCUUCCGUCAUAUGUUCCAAGGGAAGUCACUCCUAGCACUAUAUCUCAUGGAACUUUACAAGAAACAACCAAUAAACACAAUGAAAACAUUAAUAGAUGCUUUCAAGUUGAAAAACACUACACAACCAACUUUAAGGCAACUGAUGAACUUGCUUGCAAAGCUGACGGUUCACUUUGGAUAGGGGAUUAUCAAUCUAAAAAGUUAUAUAACGUCAAAUGGAAUGAACGUUCUUUUAAAACUACCCAGUCCUUGGAGGAUAUUAAGAUUUAUGAUAUGGCCAUAACAUCAAAAGAUGACCUACUUUUGGCAACCUUAGAAACAACUCUUAAAGUUAUUCCACAUAAAAAACCAAAACAGUUGAUUUCAAAAUUCGAUGUGUCACCACAUAUUAUAAAAUGUGUUCAUGUUUCGCAUGAUGAUAAAAUAUUAGUUGGAGUUCGCAAACUUGGACCUGUAUUUCCCAUCAUUGGACCUAGACAAGUGAUCGUUAUGGAUAUGGAAGGAACCCAUAUUAAAACUUACAAUAACAAUUUGUUUUCUUAUCCAUUCAAAAUAACCACGGACCAUACAGGAACAAUAUAUGUGAUUGACUGCACCUCUGAAAAUCAAAAUGGUCGAGUUGUGGUUAUAGGACCGGAUGAUUCAAUGAAGGGUGUAUUUAAAGGUCAUGCGGACAUAAAUACCAAAGACUUUCCCUUCAAACCCUGUGACAUAACUAAAGUAUCCUGUAACUCUGCCUUGGUCAUAGACACAAAUACCAGGAUGUUAUACCUCCUGAACAAUGAUGCAUUGUGCAUUAAAUUCAUUCAUUGUACAGACCUUGGAAUUGAACUUCCUUAUAGCAUUGCGACUAGCAACAAGAGAACAAUGUUUAUUGGAAGCAGAGAAUGUGUAGGAGAAAAAUCAAGUGCAAAAAUACAUGCCCUUGCAUAUAAGGAAGAGGUUUAAAAGCUUUAAAAAAAUUCAUAUAGAAGUCUCCCUUGUAUUAACAAAUUUUAUUAAUUUGUUUUUAUUAAUAAAUUGAAGUAAAUGAUUUGUCAUUG